AUGACGCCCAACAAUGACGAUCACACACAACAGCCAUCCGCCAAACUGUCGGAGAGUGUACGAUCAACAACAUCCAACAAGAAACAUCAUCACGAGCACAGCACUCAUCAUUCCACACAACUCAAGUUUGUGUUCACCUAUCAAAAUCAACAAAUUGUAAUUUAUGAUAAACAAAUCCGAAGUCUGAUAUUUUGGCUUGUGAUUAUCUUUCUCCAUUUAUCUAUUUUGAUCCUCGUAUAUUACCGACAACAAGUUCCGAAUUUUUCAUCAUCCGCAUCCUCAUUAAAACUCUCAGAAUUUUCUUCACAACGAUGCAUAGCAGAAGCACGAAAAUUCUACAAUUCAUCCGAAGCCUUUUUCGGUAGAAUUGUUGGAAGUGAAGAAUAUAGAAAAAGUUUGCAAUUUCUUGGAAAUCAACUGGAGCAGUUAAAAGCAAAAAACGAUAAAUUUCAAAAUCAUUUGGAAAUGACCAUUGAUUUUCAUUAUGUGAAAGAUGGUCAAGCAACAUUUUCAAUGAGGCAUCCUGCUCAUAUAUUUCCAAAUAUGAAAAUUACAUUGUCCUAUUCCAAUGUCACGAACAUAUUGGUGAGACUGCAUUCCAAAAAACAUUUACAAUUUUUGAAUGAAUCCAUACUAGUGAGUUCUCACUUUGAUAGUGUGCCGAGUACUCAAUCCGUUUCAGGAACCAUUCCAACAUUUAUAGCUCUCGAAAUGAUUAGUAAUUUAAUUCACGAUCCAGACACUAUUCGUCAUCCAGUAAUAUUUAUAUUUAACAGCGCAAAGGAAAUUGGAUUAAUUGGAUCGAAAAUUUUUGUGACUCGACAUCCUUGGGCCUCAACUGUUCGUUCGGUCAUUAAUAUGGAAUCGAUUGGUUCAGGAGCAAGCAGAGAUUUGACAUUUCAAUCAACCAAUACUUGGGUUAUGAAGCAGUUUGCUAGUGUGUGUAAAUAUCCAAAGGCAACUGCUGUGGCUCAAGAUUUCUUUAGUCUAGGGCUCAUUCCCUCACAAAGCGAUUUUAAUGUAUAUACCUCUUAUCUUAAUUUAACGAUUGGUGGCAUUGACUCUGUUUUUUACAGAAAUGGCUAUGUCCAUCAUACCAACAGAGAUACUAUCCACACCCUCAAUGAAAAUACCAUUCAACAUAUGGGAGAAAAUCUAGUACCAUUUAUUAAGAAAUUGGCUAGUUUUCCAACAUUCUUUCCCAAUCCCGUCUAUAAUGUGAUUAUUUUAAUUGCUCUCACGUUCAUGGUCAGAAAAAUUUAUUCAAAAGAAAAAGAAAAGAAAGAAAAUCGAAAGAAAAGAAGAAGAAGAGUUUCUAAUGCGUCACAUGAACUCACAGCGACGACAUCGACUUCUGAAGAUGUGACAACAAGUGAAAAUUCAGAAAUCAUGACACGUAACAUUCAUGAUGAGGAUGAACGAUAUAUUUGGUCUCUUCUUAAGGCAUUUGGAAUUGUUUUACUGAGUUUAAUUUCAAGCAUGUUGUUUCCAUCACUAGUUGCCCUAACACUAGCUUUUAUUUUCAAAAAUCCAAUGUCUUGGUAUGCCACUGGAUCUGUAUUUACUCUAUUCUUGUUUGCAUUUCCCUCCAUUUUAGGUAUUACUCUAGUACUUGCAAUUUUUAGCAGUUACACAAGCUCCUUUUAUAUUUAUGUAUCUGUGUGGCUAUUCUGGGUGUUGGUGACACUUGUGUUCAACUGGUUCAACAUUGUAUCAGGAUUCUUACCAGUGGUUGUUGUGCUUGCACUUGUUAUUGCUUCAUCUCACACUAUUCAAAAGUACACCAAAUGGUAUAUUCACUUAACUAUUAUGAUGACAGGAUAUUUAAUAUUUGUAUUGGAACAUAUUUUAAUUGCAGUCGAUAUAUUCGUUCCAAUCAUGUCAAGAAGCGGAUUUGUGAAUUCCAUUUGGAAAUGUGAUGUUUCUAUUGCGUGCUUUAUUGGAUUUAUUGCCUUCCUUGCUACCAAUCUUCUUUAUCCUUUUGUGAUUUCCGAAAAUCAGAGAAAAUCUCAAAUCGCAAACUCUAACAAGUUACAUUUAGUGAUUUUCCUUUCUGUGAGUUUAGUACUGAUGAUAUUUUCAGGAUUGAUGCUUGCUCCAUACUCAGAGGCAGCUCCUAAACGAGUACUCGUACAGAAGGUUAUUGUUUUACCGGAUGAGGAUUUUGACACCUCUAUGGCUAUUGGUGUCAGAAAGGGAGGCAUUUCUGAAAUUUUACACUUAUCCAAUGACUUGGACAUGAAUAUGGAAUCACACCAUGUUCCUGUGCAAUAUGUUAUGAAUGGAAAUUUAGGAGCUCUUCAAACCAUUCUCACCAAUUCCAAAGAACAUGAAAUUUAUUUAAUACCAGCUCUUGCUAUUCAACAGGUCACCUCCAUCGAUUAUGACAGUUUUAUUGCCAUUGAUUUUAACUCGUCAUCUAUUUCAUCAGAUUCACCACAACCAUCCUCUUACUUGAGAGAAAAUCCAGUGAAAACCUUAACUUUUGGGAGUAAGAAUAAUGUUACCAUCAUUCUAGAAUCAGACAUGUUGGUACUUUCACAAGAAAUUAGACUUUAUCUCAAGCCAGAACAUGUCGUUUCAUCGAGUAUUGAUAACAUGCAACAUCGAGGUGAAUUUCUUUCCUUCUUCCAUCUCUACGCCAGCAGUAGAGGCGAUUUCUCAAAGAUUUUACAAUUUAAUAUUCUACUCGCUUCACACGCACCUCGUCAAUUCCACCUUCAGAUCCUUUCACAUUACACCCAAAGUGAGAGCACCAACUUUUUAUUUAAUUCUGAAAUUUUACCUUUCACUGCAGAGUUAUUACCAAACACAUUCAUUUCUCCCAUCUACACCAUUGUAACAGAUACCAUGAAGACGAUUAAACUUAGAUAA